AUGAGGAGUUUACAGAUACUUUUGGUAAUAUGUUGUGUGACCCCUUACGUUUUGCCGGCUAAGUAUUUGCCGAAAUGGAAGAAACAGUUUUCAAAGUCCGGUGUGGUGCAGGCGUGCGAGCUGCCUACGGUUGGUGAGCACAGUCACUACGUGUGCGAUGAUAAAGGCGAGCCGAAGUGUUUACCGGGAUGGCAAGGCGACCUCUGCGACGUACCUAUAUGCAAGAAGGGCUGCGAUCCUUUACAGGGAUAUUGUAAGCGGCCGGGUGAGUGUCGUUGCAAGCUCGGCUUCUACGGGGAGAAGUGUAACAAAUGCAUCCCGUUGCCUGGCUGCCAGCAUGGCUACUGCAACGUGUCCUUCGAGUGCAUCUGCAGAGAGGGCUGGGACGGACUCUUCUGUUCUGAACCUAUCUGUCGUUCCGACUGUCACGCUACGCGCGGUUACUGCGAGUCGCCGGGCGAGUGCCGGUGCCGGCUGGGCUGGUCGGGGCCGACGUGCCGCGCCUGCCAACCACUGCCGGGCUGCCAGCACGGAUACUGCGACAAACCGUUGGAGUGCAAAUGUUCCCCUGGUUACACUGGCCUGCUGUGUCAGACACCUAUCUGCGCUUCUGGGUGCCACAGUGAGAGGGGUUACUGCCGUCGGCCAGGAGAGUGUCGCUGUAAGGUCGGUUGGACGGGACCUUCGUGUGCCCAAUGUCACCCGUACCCUGGCUGCGUGCACGGCACCUGCGAGAGACCCUGGGAGUGCGUCUGCAAGCCUGGCUGGGGCGGCAUGCUGUGCGAUGAAGAACUGAAUUACUGCGAGAAGAAUCCUGAUACAUGCAAGAAUGGGGGCAAAUGCCAAUCUUUAGAAGCCAACGAUGGCCAUUACAGAUGUCAGUGCCCUGCCGGUGUCAGCGGUAGAAAUUGCGAGAAAAUUCCAGAAGGAAUGACCACAGAAGUCACUACCAUUGAAGAAACAACCGCGGCCGCUAUAAGUGAAACAGUCCAAACGAAUACUACGGAAGCUGACAUUGAGCCUGACAGUGUUGAUAAUGAGACAGAAUGAUCUGUUUUGAAAGUUUAAUUAAUUUGCUUUAAAAAUCAGUUAAAUCUAUGGUUUCUUCAAAUACUCUUUAAUAGAUUUUGCCUACUCUGUGCAAGAACGAAAAUUCGGCAAAUAACGGGCCAUUAUUUUAAUUUUGUUGAUUUAAUAUCUGUGAAGAUUAUCUUUGCAACAGCGGCAAUGUCUGCCUCUUUUUACAUCGUAAAUUAUUUGAGUUUUAUUAGUGUUUCGAAAAUGGAUGAAAUUUCGUUUUUGGUGAAAAAGAGUAGGCCUUUGAUUAAUAUUUAAUUUAUUAUCACAUGACAAGAAUAAUUAUUAUCAAAUUCGAGAUAUUUUUGAAUAUGAAUUGUAUGUUACAAUAGUAAAAAUAUAAAGGUGCUAUUUAACAAGAGAAUGAAUUAUAUUUUCAAACUUGAAAAAGUUUCUAGCUUUUUUGUUAUUUUUUAUCCAGUAGUUAAAACAGACGUAUAAAAAUUAAGUGUUAUUAGAAUAGAUUAAGUGCUACGAAUUUAUUUUUAUUUUACCUUACUUAUUUUUAAGGUGAACUGUGUGAGUGUGUUUGAAUUGAUUUAUUUAUUAUGCGUGGGCGUGUAAUGUAUUUAUUGGUUGUUGAAUGUUUAGUUAAUAUUAUGACUGAAACUGAUUUAUACUUAAUUUUAUUAAACGAAUAAAUAUGAUAUAUUGAAGUAUAUUUUAGUAUUCAUUCUUUUGACCUUUUUGUUUUAUAUAAAAUAUAUUACUUACUUAAGUUUUUUUUUUUUUUUUAUUUUUUUUUUUAUAUAAAAAAUGGAGGGCAAAUGACUGCGCUCCACCUGAUGGUAAGUGGAGGCGCAGUCCAA